AUGCAUACUCUGAAAACUUUUUUUCUCAAUCUUAAUUUCUUUCAAUCAUCUAAUCCUAGUAAUCAAUCAGAUGAACAUGAACAUCGUUCAAAUAUUAUCGCUACUCGUAUUUAUAUUAUUAUCUAUGAUAUAAGUCUUUUUACUCUUAUUCUUUCUUUAUGGUUAAGUCCAAAUAUAGGUCAAGUCACUGUUCAAUAUCCGACUCAAAAUCAAUUUCAAACAUUAUCUCUUGAUGCCCAAUGUCCAUGUUCUCGAAUCUCUUUAUCUUAUGGUCAGUUUGUAUCCAUUCAAACAAGGUUUCAUCAAGUUUGUUCAAGUGAUUUUGUUUCUAAUCGAUGGAUUAAAGCCAUAUUUUAUGAUUCUGAUGCAACAUAUUUUUAUCGAGCAGACUUUCGAACCAUUGGUAGUGCUCAGUUUCGUGCUCUGGCAAGUCUUUGUGAUUUAACAAAAACAAGUAUUAGUCGGAGUCUUGCGUCUUUUAAUAUGAAAUCAAUAAUCAGUCCAUAUGUUUUAUCUCGAUCAGUUAUUCAAUCAGAAGCACAAACUUCUAUCGAAUAA